AUGGAAACGCCACCUUCAAGGCCACUACUGAUCACCCAAAGGAGCGUUACACGCUCUGGAUCCAUCAGAUCAAAAGGCAUCAACUUCAAUACCGUGUCUCCAACGCCUGGUAGUCAAAAGACAAGAACUCAACCUCCCAGAUCGAUACCCAGGGAACAUUCGACCUUGAAGUCAAGCUCAAGAGAAAACGGAUCUCCAAAUCCAGAUCCUGCUUCUCUUAUAGAUCGCCCAUUACCACUGUACCAGGAACUACGUAACUUGAACAUCGAUGAUCAGCUACGGCUCUUGGCUCUGAAAGAGAUGGCCGUUGUGGCCAUAAACGAUAGCAUUAAUACCUUGAAGCUGAAGCUUGAUACCACACAAAAAGACCUUCAACAAUUACGUCACGUCAUUCAAAAAUCAUUGUACAAGGAGGUUCACAAGCACACGCAGAAGCGUCCAUCAGCAACUCAGAAUCACCCUACUCGGAGAGCCCAGAGGCAAACCUCGCCCGCUCCUGAUCUUCAUGAUCAUAAUUCGACAAUCUGGUCGAAUCUUUCCAAACCCAUCAGUUUCCUCCAGCAGUUGGAUACAAUGAUUCAGAGUGAAAUGGAAAAAUCACUAGGGACCAACGAACCUGCUAAAGAAAUUAGCGGACAACAUGAACAGCAUAAGCAGCAUACACACAAUGUAACCAAUUCUUCAGAGGAGAAGUUACCUGUUAAUCUUGAUAAGUAUUUCCCAGCAUCACAAGAUCAUAAAUACAGAGACACCGACGAUAUGUUUCACGCGGUCUCUUCUUCGCUAUGGUCCUUUGUUAGCGAGGUUAAGACCAACAUGAUGUCUUCAUUGGCAGAUGAGCCCGAGCAGGAAGAGAAGAAUGAACCUGACGGUAAUGAUGACACCAUAAACCUCAUAGAUAUGUCCGAACCGAGUUUCUCAAAGGACGAAGAGGAGGACAAGUUGGACUUGUCCAUGUACUCAUCAAUGCGGCAGUCCAAGAAAUAG